AAACUGUAAUAGCACCACAAAAUAAAAAUAAAAAUUAAAAAAUAUAGUAAACAAGGCAAGCCACAUUAUAGUAGUGACCGUCUUCGUAUAAGUGUGUAUGUGCGCAAAUUGAUGACAACGAAGCGUGUGUGAAGUGAGCAGCGCGUAAAUCGGGUGCAAUGAAAUAAGUUUGACGAAUUUGCAGCGUUUUCGUAAAAAGUGCAGUUAAAAAUAAAUGAGUACAUAUACAUACAUUAAUUCAUAUAUGUACAUACAGAAGAAUAUAAUUUAAAUUUCUCAGCAUGUCAGGAAUAACGGAUUUCAGCUGAGCUUACUGCUAUACAUUCAUAUACAUAUAUACACAUCAAUAUAUAUACUCUAAAGCCUUUAACGCAAGCUAUUGCUGUCCAAAAAAUGGAUGCACAAUUUGAGCACUUGUGUCGCAUUUGUGCGGCUAACACGAAAUGUAAAAACAAUUCUGUGGUAGAAAGUGUUUUUAUUUUUAAAACAACUGGCUUGCAGGAUAAAAUAGCUCGUCAUCUCUUCCUGAAUGUUGCAGAAGAUGACCCCCUGCCUAAAGUGCUCUGCAAAUCCUGUUAUCGGCAAGUGGAAGCGACCGCUUCACUUUCUAACAUAGCGAAGCACACCCAGCGCGUGUUUCGAGACUUUUUGUUAAGCACAGUGCCCAAACAUAAUCGCCAAGCGACAGCAACACAAGUGGACUCAUUAUCCCCGGUGGUGUCAGUGCCUAUUCAGGAUAUAAGUGAAACCAACCAUCGCGACAACAAUAUUACGCGCCACAGCAUCAAUUCGAACAACAAUGCAUUUAAUCCUAUAUUAUUAACUCGUCAACCGGAGACGACCAUUGCAUUGAAUACGCAUCAAUUGGCAGGGAAUCAAGCACAGGACGAUGUUGUAAUCAGUUUGACUAACAAAGACAAUGAGAUGCGGCGCCAACAGAAGCAGCAACGCGAACCGAAUGAAUAUCCCAAUAGUCGUAGCAACGCUAAAAUUAAUAAUCCAAUGCUCCCGACUCGGCGGAACAGCGUAUUUGUGGACAUGCGAUACAGUUCAGCACCGAUGUCAAUAGCACAGCGUUCAAUGCAAAUGCCGCCAUCCUUAGCACCUUUACAUUCUGAGGUGUCUAUUGCCAAGGCCACGAAGAGUAGCCCAGAAAAGAGAAAUUCACCAGCAGGUGUUAUUAACUUCAUACAGACUCAUGGGCGCAUCACAGGCAGUGCACCUACAAUCACCACAAGUGUAACUAAUAAGGGCUACAGUGGCGGUAAUAGUAGUUUUAUGCAUGUCAGAAAGCCACAGGCUUCUUCUGCCUCACAGAGUGUCAGCAGUGCUGGCGUACCUAUUCUGCCUAAUAGCGUACUUCAACAAAAGCGACGGAAUCUUAAAAACGCCUUAAACAACAUCAAUGCCAUACGCGACGGGCAGGUAUCCCUUUUAAAAUCAGCUCAUCAACGCCAUACUGUGGAAGAUAUUGAUAUUAGACCCCUUGUCACUACCACUGUGGUACCACACCAAUCGUUGUAUGGAGCAGAACCGUCUGUGGAAGAGGCGCUUCCAGAACAUAUCAUUAUAGCUGCACCUAAAAAGAAAAAGGAAGAGCAUGCUAAUCAAGCCCUCUCAGGUCCACCGAAGCUACAAAAAAUUUCAAAAUCUGUGCGAGCACCUAGCGAAGCUGGUCCAAUGCCAGAUCCUUUACCAGCUGCUAAAUCUAAAACACUACCAAGCAUGAGCAGCCUUACCGACGCUAUUUCGCUAGGUAAUGUCAUUCGAGAUCCAGACCUACUGAAGCUGAUACUUAAGGCCCUCAAAUGGCCAGUCACAACCGAUAAUUGUGAAGAGCAAAUGGCGAGACUGAAAAAUUCGAAAUUUGCGGUGAUUAUGUCGGACAGCAACCUUUUGCAAGAUAACGAUCUGACACAGCUACUGGGCCCAUACCUAGGCCCAAUGAUGGCUAUUGUGCAGCAACAGCGUCCAAAUCCGUCCGCUAAUUCUAAUAAGACUCCUUCACCACCCGCGAGUCCGUCAGCAGCAACUGAGCUACAGACUAUAGGAGACUGCACGAUGCCGUAUAAAUUACCACCAGAAACUUCGGUACAAUUGGUGCCAUCCAGUCCAACAGAUCAGGAUCACCCACAAACAUUAACAAAUAAACCAGUGGACCCUCACUCAAAGCGACCUCAGCGAAAGUCACGUAUGCGUGAAUUGGGUGCAAAUGGACAGUCUUGCACUGCAGACAUUGCAAGCACAUCAAAUGCUGCACAUGUUACCAACGAAUUGCUCAACAUUAAUGCCAUGUUAAUCUCACAAUUUGGCCAAAAUCCAGCUGAUGUAAUUAACGAAGCGCUAAUUUCUAUGUUAAAGCAACAGCAGGCAUCGAAAAGCCAGCGUCCGAUUUGCCGUCGCCGUAGUGCUUCGACAAGCACUCCCCUGAAUUUAGAAGAUAUUGUUCUUGUUGAACCACAACCAUUACUGGAGACGCCGCCAGCACCUGAUGGUGAUAUUUCGACCUUCCCGAUGCCACUCCAAUUAUCUGAACCUCCCCCUGUAACUCGGCCCAUUAUCAAGCGGCGCAAGGCCGUUAUGCAAGCGUCGAAGCAAAGUUGUCCAAAAACCAAAAGCAGAGAAGAGAUUCCCAUACCCAAAACAGAUGAAGAUAAUUGUAAGACUAAGGGUGAACAACACGAGGUCACAGAGGAGACUGUCUGCACUGACGAUCGUUCUCAAAUCAUAGAAACUUCUACUAACCAGCACACAAUGGAAGCACCACAAGCACCUUCCAGCACAGUUCCGGAAGCUAUUCCCAUUAACAGCAGUAAUCUAGAACUCGGCUGUGCUACUGAAGACACAGCGGCCAAUAUCGCCAAACCAACGAUUGCAAGCACACGUAGAACAAAUGUUAAGUCUGCGCUAGGCCAAAAACUUUUGGAAGCUAUAGGCUUGCCGCAGCCGGGCAAAGACGCCCCAACGGAAAGUUCCCGUGACACGUUGCGCAGUGCAUUAAAGCGAUCGUUGAAACAGGCGCAAGAACAGCAGCAACAGCUAAAGCGCGUUAAACAAGAGGAGCCCGUAAAGCAGAUGGCGGAUUCGACUACAAAACCGGUUGCCGGUGACUCUUCGGAGGAACACAAAAAGGCUAUUGCUGAGCGCGAAUUGGCAUUAUUAAAGCGCAAAACAAAGAAUGCAGAAAAAAACAGUUUGUCGGUCAAGGAUGAGAAAUCGGAACGCACGGAUGUAAGCUCUUCGUCGUCACGCAACCGUAGAAAUCGUAAUAAGUCAAAAACUGAUGUCAAUGACGAAGACUCUGGUGCCGAAGAGAGGAAAAGUGACCGAUGGGAUGAAGACGAUGAUUUACCUUUGAAAACUGAAUCAGAAAAAAGCACGGAUCAUGUUAAUCGCCCUACGCGCACAAGCAAAACCAUGUCCAAGUAUUAUAAGUCUCCUGGGGGCGACAAGGCAUUGUCGACAUCAAAGUCACAACAUGCUAUGGGAAGGCGAUCGACCAGGCACCGUUAAAUUGUUGAGUAUGGCAGUUUUAAUAAUAAACUGUUCGCGCUCUCGUCUGGCAUAUAAAAUAUGCGCAGAUAUUGUUAACAUUUUUCAUAUUUCUUUAAGACGCAGUGUACACAGUAUAUACGUACUUUAUUCGUAAAUAGUUUAACUAUUAUUCAACAAGAGUUGAAUAUAUGAAUUGUCCUUAUAAGCAA